CGCCUGUUUAUAUUCUAUAAAAGUGUUUUUCAGAAGCAACAUUACCAGUACUUUCCACCACUAUAAAAAGCAAUCUUGUAGCUAGUUUAGUGGCUAUCAAAACUUAGCACAUCAUCUAUCUUUUUAUUCUUCUUCUUCUUCUUCUUCCUGCAGAUUAAUUUGAAGAUGGAGAGAAGCAAAAUUGGGUGUGUUUUGAUGAUUUGUUUGGUGAUGGGGAUUCUUGUUGGGGAUUCAGCUGGGCAAUCUAUAGAAACUUUCAAGCGAUGUUAUGCGAUUUGUUUUAUAACUUGUGUUCUAACUCCUGGAAAUGGCAUGUCUACAUCUACAUGUGCAACUAAGUGUAUCAUAGACUGCUUGAUUCCACACCCUUCUGAUUCUCUUAAACUCAAAGACCCGCAAUACUUUUGCAAGCUCGGUUGUGCCACCUCCUUGUGCACCAACUUCAGCUCAAAAGAGGAACCAGCUAAAGAGAAGUGGGAGGCUGUGUGAGUUCCUGCUCAAAGACUUGCACCAAGCAUUGAUUGCUGAGAACAGUAUAUACCCAAGAAGAGUUACUGUUUAUUAAUUUGAUAAAUCGUUGUAUCAAUUUUGUUGUUAACUGUUGGAAAUUAGAAGCCAGGAAAUAUAGUUCUCAGGCUUCUAAUUCCAGAGAGAUAAAAGAAGAAGAUGAACUCGUGUAAAAGGAGAACAAUUUUAUUUAUUGAAUUCAAU